AUGAUUUAUUUUAUGUUAAUAUUUGUUUCAUCUAUACAAUAUAAUCAACGUUGUACAUUUUCUUCGGGUACUUGUAAUUGGAAUAUUGGUCGACGAUGGCAAAUUAAAAAUCUUGAUGAAGAAACAGAUGAUAAAGUUUUAAUUGCGGUUGAUGCAAAUAAUGAAGAUAAAGAAAAAGGUUUUACAGAUAUAGUAACCUCAUCAUGGUUAUAUUUAACUUCAUCAUGUUUAUUUAUUAUUCGUUUAACAUUCCAAUUUAGUAUUGAAAAUGAACAAGAUCAAAUUGAAAUUUUUUUUAUUAAUAAAGAUAGAACACAAAUAUCAUCUAUAGGUCGAUGGAAAGCUUUAACACAGAAGAAUAUCGAUUUAUCAGAUGAAAUUGAAUCACUUUGGCAACAAGCAAAUAUUACAUUUCAAGCAUCAGAAGAAUUUCGCAUUGAAAUUGAAAUCCGACAUUUACCAGAUAAUCGAACUACGUCUACAACUUGGUUUGCUAUUGAUGAUAUUCUCAUUGAAAAUUGCCCAAAUAUGCAAACAACUACUACAUAUCAAACAAUUACAACCGAAUCAUGGACAAAUUAUACGAAUUUAAAUAUGAAUAAUUCUUCUGUAUUUGCUCGUUCGUUCUUUCGUUUUCAUUGGAAAUUCAAUGAUUCUAUCUCAUCAUCGGAAGAUUUAUUAUCAUCACAAUCAACAUUUUUUACAUUGGUUCUUUAUAUUUUAUAUGCAUUAGUUGCAAUAACAUUAUCAAUUAUUCUUCUUGCUAUUAUUAUAUUUACUUAUCGUAAAUAUUGUCUUCCAUCUUCAAAAUCAUCAAUACCAAUUAUUAAUUAUCGACAUCAUUCAAAUAAAAAGAAGAAACAUAAUCAUUUUAGUAUACCACAUAAUAGUCAUAUUGAUCAAGAUGCUCGAACAGAAAAAACUAUGGUAACUACUAUUCGACCAUCUUAUUAA